CACAAGCGCCAGAGUCACACCGAAGUUUGCACGCACCAGGAAUCUUGACGAGCUUCUUGCCACCGUCGAUGACGCGGAAUUGAACACCUUCGAUGGUGAGCACAUUGCGGUCUGCGGGGUUAGUCUGCGCGCUCGAAGCGAUAGCUUGAUGCUUCAGAAACUCGUCGAACUGAGCCUUCUCGCGCUGCCGGCGUCCGCUGAUCUUUCUCUGGCGUGUUUCUUCGAUAGCCUUGGCGCGAUUCUGGGUUUCUUUCUCGUAAACGUUGGCGUUAAUAAGUUGACGGUGGCGAUCGGUUCUGGAAACCCAACCAGGGGGUGUUUCAGCACCACUACUGGCAGAACGAGAAGCAGUUGAGUUGUCGCCAUUCAAGUGAAGGGUUCGGUGGUGGUGCGCCGUGGGGUGGCGGCCAAUUCUAUUAUGGCGAGCUGGGUACGGUGAGCUCGCAUGUCGAUAGGAGUUUUCUAGGCAUAUCAGUAGUGAUCUCUCCUCAUGGCAAGUUUCCGCAUACGGCGAUGAUGAGCAGGAUGAUGGCUUGGAGUUCCCCGAGAGCCCGCUUGUUGAUUCUUAUGUCGGUUGAUCUGGCCUAGGAUUUAUCAGCAAAUUGAAAUUACCGUGAUGCGCGAGGGGCACAAACCCGCGACUUGACUGAUACGAGCCAGGAGUUCUCGUUCUUCUUCUGACAUGUUGUUAAUGGCUUUAUGCGACGGGAUUGGCUGUGCCUUUGUAAAGAGCGCAGUGGUGUUAGGGAUAAAAUUAGUAGUGUUUGGGAUGGAUUAUUGCAGGUUGUAGGUAAAUAACAGCGAAGACGUCGAGCAGUGGGAGACGGGCGGCAGGAUGCAUCAUCAAAGAAAUAGUCUUAGUCAUCCUCCCUCCGAAGCAUCAUUGGUUGGCUGCUUUCGCAUCUUCAACGCCCUCACAAGGCUGAGCUUUGUUAUCAAUCACCUUUCAACUUCCUCAAAAUCUAUUUACACAAGGCUUAAUCAAGCAAUCCUUUAGAGAUUGGGACGCGUCGCGGCCGACAUACUAUCUUCAUCGUCUUUUCUGUGGAUCUAUAUCCCACGCAGAAACUCCACAAACAUUCUCAUCCGAUCGCGACUCGACCGCAUACCAUGGCAUCCACAUGGGAUCUCUUAGAUCCUGAGGAAGAGGCUGAGCUUCACAAGACUCGCCUCCUCAAUGUGGAAGAGAAGCCUUUCAAGCGUCUCACCAAACGAAUCAAUACCAUUUCACAACUCUUACUGCCAUUUGAUCCUGCCAUAAAUGGAGCCAACACGUCUGAAGAUAUCAGGUCCAAACUCAAGCAGCUCAAGGAGGACAUGAACCUUGAUUUCGAUGCUUUUGGCAGCAGUAUCACGCGCAUGCAAUUCCUCCACAACGCAAAUUCCCAAGAACGUGAGCGCUACAGAGUCGACCAAGAUCGUAUCCUCGCCGAUUGCCAAUCGGUACGACAAAACAAUAUCCAACUUCGAGAGCAGCUCGAGUCCGCACAAGCCACCCUCGCACAGCGCAAGCAAUUCGACGAGCUAGCGGAAAAAAUCACAUCGAACCGUCUUCUUCGACCACGGGAAGACCAAAUUACCAACCUUGCUAAACUCGAGGAAGAGUGUCGAGAGCUAGAGCGAGAGAGUGAAACCUACAGCGAAACUUGGAGGGAACGUCGAGAACAGUUUAACAGAAUCAUGGAAGAAGGGAUGCUCUUGCGGCGGCAGAUUAGAGAUGAAAAGGAGGAGGUCGAUCGUCGAGAGGGUAUGAAUGAGGAUGCAGAGGAUGAUGCCGAGGUGGACAAGGUCGGCCAGACACCCAGAAACGAACCGAGCGGUAACGCGACACCUCAUCCCGACCAAGAUAGCCAGAUGAAGGCAGAUGGGGGCGCAGGAACACCGAACCCAGAAGCUCUCAAUGGAGGAACAACACCAAUGAGGGAUACGCCAGGCCCAGACAUGCUUAAGCCACCUUCUGGUCAUAAUGAGUCGCAAAGCCUGGGAGAUAGCCAGGCUCCCAGUCGGGAUGUUUCGCCUAUACCACCACAUGACGAGCGCAAGGCAGAAUCGGGAGAGGAUGUUGACAUGGAGGAGUCUGAGUUCAGUCGAGCCCAUGACGACGGAGGAACGACACCCCAGGUGACAGUUGAGCUACCUGAAAGUAAUGAUGACAAGAUGGAAGUAGACAAUUAGGGCUUCCCACUCGGCUGUUUGUACUAUCGAUUAUAUCCUAAGAUACCCUCAUAAAUGAAGGUCCAGAAGCGUUUCCCUUUGUUUUUAAUUAAGUGUCUUCUAAGUGGUAUCGCAAAGUGUCAUCCCUUGGUUCCGAUUUAUGAUUCUA